UAUUUGGGGGGUGGUGUGGUGGGUUGGGGGUGCCCUCCUUCUAUCCAAGCCCCUGCCCCCUUCUCCAGUCUGCGCAUGCGCCUGAUACAAACUGACCCCUCCUUGCAUAGUAAACAAACGUGAACGCCUGUAACUAAUAAGAUACAUGUGUGUAACGCUCUGUAAGGCCUUGAGUGUACAUUUUAUUACAGGAUAGUAUAUGUAGAGGAUUUAAAAAGCACCGUGUCCUGGUUCCAUGCUCCACCUGGCCCCGGGCCCCUCCCCCGUCCUCACUUUUCUCAACCCGCUGCCAAAAUAUGUGAAAGUCAAUCCAAGCCUGGCUCUGAGCAUGUUAUUUAAAACUUGACUCCAUCAUGGCUGGGGCAGCGCGCGGCGAGGAUCCAGCCUUUAAUCCGUGAAAAACGACGCUUCCGUGGAGAAACAUAGUGAAUCUGUCUGUCUCCUGCUCGUCGAGCCUCAGAUGUCUCUCCCGGUGGUGCUGCCCGGGUCCUGCUGUCCGGUGAUCGGGGCUUCGCAGCUCGUCGAGCCGUCCUACCGGAACCGAUCCCGGGGCUUGUCCGCCUCUUCCCGGCUCGCCGGCGGCGGCUCCAGGCUGCUGCUGCCCGGGCGGCCGCUGCUGUCCCUGGGCUUACUGCAGCUGCUGCUCGGCGGCUCCAUGGUGGCGCUGUGCUUCGGAGCUCUGUCCCUCAGCAACUCGCCCCCCAUCAGGAACUCCUGUCCCUUCUGGGCUGGCUCCUCGGUCAUUCUGUCAGGCAUUGUCGGCCUCACAACAUGGAGGAGGCCCAUGCUGUUACUGGUCAAUGUGUUUGUCCUGCUGUCUGUGGUGUGUGUGCUCCUUAAUCUGGCUGGAUUCAUCCUGUGCUGCCAGGGAGCCCAGCUGGUUUCCAGUAUGACCAGCUGCCAACUGAGUGAGGCAGGAGAUGUGUGUUACUGCUGCCCCCUCUCCCCCAGCUCCAAAUGUCCCGAGGAGAAGCUGCUGGAGCUCCACCCUGCUCACUCCUGCAACACCAUGAGGAUCCUUCUUAAGAAAGUGUUGUUUGCACUGUGUGCUCUGAACGCUCUGACCACAGCUGUGUGUCUGAUGGCUGCUGCACUGAGAUACCUGCAGAUCUUUACUGCCAGAACACCGUGCACGGACGAGCACAGGGCCACAGUUGAAGACAGGGAGGAUCCUGCUCAGGUUCUGGACCCAGAUGAGUUUGUGGCCCCCGCCCCUCCCCCCUCCUACUUCUCCACUUUCUACUCCUACACACCUCGUCUGGCCCGCCGGAUGCUGGGGGACAGUGUGAUCCCUCUCCCUCAUAUCUACGGGGCUCGGAUCAAAGGGGUGGAGGUCUUCUGUCCGUUAGACCCCCCGCCUCCGUAUGAGGUCGUUGCUGGAGGCACCACCAGUGCAGUCACACAGGAGACACAGAUCGCUCUGACAGAGUUGAACCAGACUACCUCUCCACCAGCAGCCUCAGGUCCAGACAGGAGUCCCCAAAUGGUAUCUGCAUCAACAGGCAUCCUUCCCCAAGCCAAGUCCCAGCUCCAGCCCCAGUCCCAGCUCCAGUCCCAGUCCCAGCUCCAGCCCCAGCUCCAGCCCCAGUCCCAGCUCCAGCUCCAGUCCCAGUCCCAGCCCCAGCUCCAGUCCCAGUCCCAGCUCCAGCCCCAGCUCCAGCCCCAGCUCCAGCCUCAGCUCCAGCCUCCCCCUUCCCCUCCUGCCCCUCCCCCAUCCCCCUCUCCUCUUCAUCCUCCUCCUCAGCAGCAGCAGUCCUCUCCAGCACUGACUCCCCGGAGGAAAGCAAGGAUCCACCGUUCCAACAGCGACCCAGUGUUGAUGGACAUCGCUGCUAAAGUGUCUGCUGCAGCUCUGAGCACCAGCGAUGCUCCCCACGCUCCCUCUCCUCAGACCACAGAUUCCUCCACCCAGACCUCCCAGCCCACGCUGGUUGCCUGCACCCAGGGCCAGGUCACACUGCGACGGAGCAACAACGACAGCAGGGCGCCCCGCCGGCCGCGGCCUUCCUCCAUGGUGGACUACCAGAGCUACCGACACACACAGCAGCUAGUCAGGAAAAUCCUGGAGCAGCCGGCCGCCCAGGGCCUGGCCCCUGAAGUCCAGGAGCUGGUGGACAGCAUACGAAAUGUCCUCCAGUCAGAUCAGGAGCACAUGGAGGAGGCUGUACGCUGCGCUAGUUACAUAGAACAGGUGUUCACAGACUCAGAGGUGGGUCCCAGUCAGCCUAAACCCCCCGAGCAGCCAGCAGGUAGCUGCUCCCAGACUUUCCCUCGCCCCCCCAGGAGGAGACCCGGUCUGCUGCACCUGCAGAGCUGUGGGGAUCUCAGCUCCUUCACCUGUGCUGCACUCGAGUCCCCGGAACAUCGAGGAAGCAGGAGAAAAGUGGGGUCCGGUGCGAGCUCCAGAGGAGCUUCGAGGGCCGGGUCAAGGACAGGGUCCCGCCUGGACCAUCCUGAGCGCCCUCACAGUCUGAUCGGGGUCUUUAGAGAGACGGUGCUUUGAGGGAAAAACAAUUGUUUUAAAUGGCAACACAGCUGAAUGCUGCCUUGUGUGUUGCUAGACUUUGAGAGAAAACUGUUGUAAUUCAACCACUGGCCUGUGUGUGUGUGUGUGUGUGUGUGUGUGUGUGUGUGUGUGUGUGCGUGCGUGUGUGUGCGUAUGUGUGUGUGUGUGUGUGUGUAGCAUUCAAAGUUUUGUAUGCUUUGAGAUUGUAACAUUGUAACAUUUGUGCAUUUGUUCCGGUCAAAUGAAUACAGCUAUAAAUGACAGAAAUUCUUUAACAUGUAUCAUGGUGAUUGUGUUUGAUUUAAUGGUCAGAUGCAUUGGUUUGAAUGAUUUCAGAUAUUCAUA